GGUCUGCGCGAAGGCUUCCGCCAGUCGCUGGCUGCUCGGCGGCGCAAUGCCAUCGUGCCGGGAUCGCUGUCGUUUGACGCAUUGGGCUCGCCGCGGUCCCCGUUCGUGUUUAUGAGUCAAGAGGACCGUCGAGCUCAGACGCUGCGUCAGGCACAGGGACAGGAGCAGCAGGCAAGAAGGAAAGAGGUGCCAAGCAUC